UUCUUGUCUUUUUGCGAAUAACGGUUUCACCGGAUGAGGUGAAAUUUAUCAAAUUUACAGAGAAUAUAAAAAAGACGCCCUAUUCCUGAGCCAUAAAUGUAAAACGUAUAAUUUGAUAAUUUUUAAAUUUUUUGGCUACAGAUGUAAGUUUUUCGCACACGAUUAUUGUAGAUCGUUUCGUUUAGUCUUCAUUUAUGUCGUUAUAUCGCAGUUGAAGAUUAUUGACCCAUUCGUAUGACCCUCCCCUUCUUUCUCUCCGACAUGCAACAGUAACUGGUCUUGGCAUAGAAUAAAUCUAUUUACCGCCAAGCCCGCUAUCGGUCAGAUAUUAUAUAUACUAUCAUUCUGCUGUGUUCUAACAAAGUCUCAGAAGUGAUACCGCACAAUUAACAUGGAGUACUCUAAGGUCAUCACGAUUAUCUGUCUGAUAUUUGUUGGAGAUUCACGCGGCCAGGCAGCUGAUUUUCAAACUUUUCCCGACGGUUUUCUAAUCGGUGCAGCCUCCGCAUCCUAUCAAAUAGAAGGAGCCUGGAAUGUCAGCGGGAAAGGAGAGAGCGUGUGGGAUUAUGCGUUUCAUAAUAUGCUGAAGCAGGUAUCGGACGAUAGCAACGGAGACAUCGCUUGUGAUUCGUACCACAAGUACAAGGAGGACGUUCAGUGGAUCAGAGACAUUGGGUUCGAUCAUUACCGGCUUUCGCUCAGUUGGCCGAGAAUUCUUCCAAAUGGUUCGAAGGAUCGCGUUAACCUGGAUGGGAUUCGGUACUACAGAAAUUUGUUGGAAGAACUGAAGGCUGCCAAUGUCACCACGGUCGUAUCUCUCUACCAUUGGGAUCACCCGGAGGUUCUGGAGGAGAUCGGAGGAUGGACAAACGAAGUGAUGGUGGAACGGUUCGAAGACUACGCAAAAGUGGUGUUCGAUAAUCUGGGAUACCUCGUCGACAUCUUCGUCACGAUCAAUGAACCUGAGAUGCUGUGUUUCGACGAGCCCGUUAACUCAUCGGAAGCUACAGCGAGAGGCCUGGCGAAUGAUGUCGCAAGCUAUCUGUGCGUUCACAAUGCUCUGAAAGCUCACGCGAAAGUUUGGCACAUGUACGACGAGAAUUACCGCGCAACCCAAGGAGGAAUUAUAGGACUCUUACCGGUUUGUCGUGGUUGGGUAUCGGGAGAUGGGGUAACCGAAGAAUCCAUCGAACGAUAUUUCCAGUUUGGAUGUGGUUUGGUUUUGCACCCCAUUUAUAAAGGAGAUUACUCAGAAAUCGUGAAGACUACGUUAGCUGACAUCGAUGUCUAUCGCAAUCGUUCGUUCUCAAGUCUCCCAGUAUUCACCGACGAGUGGGUAAAAAUGAUCAAAGGUACAAACGAUUACUUUGGCUUAAAUCAUUACACUUCUCGUAUCCCUGUGAUGGAGUAUGGUGCUCGCACCAGCGAUUCCGGUGUCCUUGAAAUCAGAGAUAAGAGUUGGCCGAUAACAGUGCUGGAUCGGCUGGAGGUCGUCCCCGAAGGAUUCGGCAAUUUGUUACGCAAAAUAAGAGACGAAUACGACAACCCGCCGGUGUAUAUUCUCGAGAACGGAUUUGCCGAUAGCGGGGAAAUUCUGGAUUACGGAAGGAUUAAUUAUCACUACGAUUAUUUGUCGGAAUUACUUACGGCGAUUAUACAUGACGGAUGCAACGUUAAGGCGUACACAAUUUGGUCACUUUUGGACAAUUUCGAAUGGGACCGCGGUUACUCUAUAAGUUUCGGCAUCGUGAAGGUCGAUUUCACCAGUCCGAAUAGAACGAGAUCAGAAAAACUGUCCACGCGAUGGUGGAAGGAGGUGAUUCGAACGAGAACCCUUAUCAAACCCCCCGCACCGGGCAGCACUUCCAGUUGGGGAGGAUGCUUUGAAUGUGAUUUGACGAACGAUAAAUCAUAAAGAAAUUCGUACUUCGUCUUCGAUCUCGGACUUGGUUUUUCAACCGACACGUUCGGUUGAUGUCGUGUUCUUUGAAUAACUCAACGCGAUACUGGUAAUCCCAUUUAUUAGAAAAAAAAAGAAAACAAGAAUGAAUACCAAUCAAUGCGAUUGAGUAUGGCUAGAUAUAAUUGAAUCGCAGAUUGAAAAUAAAACGUCGAUCAAA